CCGGCAGUUCCCAGCACUGCCCAGGCUUUUUGGGUGGUUGCUGGUUGUGAGGCGGAGAGCCGGGACCUUCCCAGAGGAGCCCUCCCCCGGAGUGGGCAGGGCCAAGAACUCUCAAGGACUUGUGCGGGGGAGAGUUGAGAGAAAGAAAGAGACCGAGACUCCCAAUCGGGCUCGCCUGCCUGCUUUCGUCUCGCGCAGCAUCCCCUCCCUCCCCAGUUGCCUUCCUUGCUCUAUUCCUCCGACCGCCUCUGGUUUCCUUCACCGCGGCUCCGUUCUCUUCGCGGGACUAUGUCGUCCUCGUCUUCCUCCCCCAAGGCGGAGAGGAAGCUGUGGAGCUUGGGGCGCCUGUCCGUCACGUCCAGGAAAGGGAGCAUGAAGCCCUCGGCUCUGGAGCUAGCCGAGAACGCCCCCAGCGCUCACUACGCGCCGUUCUCCCUCUCAGCGCCGACAGGACCCCAGGGCGCCGGCAGCGCGCCUCAGCAACAGUCCUGCUGCGGCGAGGCUGCGGAAGCGACGGUGGUGAUGAGCGGCGACUAUCCGCGCCCGCCUGUCGGCUUAGACCCGCGCGUCUCCAUCUACAGCGUCCGCAGACCUCUGCUGAGCCGCAGCAACAUCCAAGGCAGAGUCUACAACUUCUUGGAGAGACCCACCGGGUGGAAGUGCUUCAUCUAUCACUUCACUGUUUUUCUCAUUGUGCUGGUCUGCCUUAUAUUCAGUGUGCUUUCCACAAUUGAUCAAUAUGCAGCUCUUGCCACAGGAACGUUAUUUUGGAUGGAAAUUGUUUUAGUGGUAUUUUUUGGAACGGAGUAUGUGGUUCGAUUGUGGUCUUCGGGGUGCCGGAGUAAAUAUGUUGGCUUAUGGGGAAGGCUUCGUUUUGCUAGGAAACCCAUUUCUAUCAUUGAUCUAAUCGUAGUUGUUGCUUCAAUGAUAGUGCUUUGUGUGGGCUCAAAAGGUCAGGUUUUUGCAACCUCCGCAAUCAGAGGCAUCCGGUUUCUGCAGAUUCUGCGCAUGCUUCAUGUAGACCGACAGGGUGGCACAUGGAGAUUGUUGGGGUCAGUAGUUUUCAUACACAGACAGGAAUUGAUAACCACCCUGUAUAUUGGGUUUCUAGGACUGAUUUUUUCUUCUUAUUUUGUGUACUUGGCUGAAAAAGAUGCUGUGAAUGAUUCAGGCGAGCAUGAAUUUAGCAGCUAUGCGGAUGCCCUUUGGUGGGGAGUAGUGACUGUUACAACCAUUGGUUAUGGAGAUAAAGUGCCUCAAACAUGGAUAGGAAAAACCAUUGCAUCUUGCUUUUCUGUAUUUGCAAUUUCAUUUUUUGCCUUGCCUGCGGGAAUUCUCGGUUCUGGAUUUGCUCUGAAGGUACAACAGAAACAACGACAGAAGCACUUCAACCGACAAAUUCCAGCAGCUGCUUCUCUCAUUCAGACUGCGUGGAGGUGCUAUGCAUCAGAAAACCCAGACUCUUCUACAUGGAAAAUAUAUAUUAAAAAACCUUCCAGAAAUUAUCACUUGAUGUCUCCUAGUCCCAAGCCAAAGAAAACUGGGAUGGUAUCGGUGAAAAAGAAGAAAUUAAAGACAGAAAAAGAUAAUGGGCCUACUUCUCCUGAUAAAAUGUUACCUGUUCCACAAAUCACAUUUGACCGUGUGAUGGAUGAUAGGAAAUCUGAGAACUUUCAUUUGGACCCAUAUGAAAAUUCUGUCCGACAGCAUUCCUGGUCAUCCUUUUCUACAGAACAGCCAUCUCCCAGUUCUCCCCCUUCUGCAGUGAAAAGGAACUCUCCAUUUUUAGAUACAAACACAGGACCAUUCAUUAGGACCAACAGCUUUGCUGAUGAACUUGACCUGGAGGGUGAAACAUUGCUUACCCCGAUAACUCACAUCUCACACUUGCGAGAACAUCACCGUUCUGCCAUUAAGGUGAUACGUCGGAUGCAAUAUUUUGUGGCAAAGAAGAAAUUUCAGCAAGCUAGGAAGCCAUAUGAUGUACGUGAUGUUAUAGAACAAUACUCUCAGGGUCAUCUCAACUUAAUGGUGCGAAUAAAAGAACUUCAGAGAAGGUUGGACCAAUCUAUAGGGAAACCAUCACUGUUUAUUUCUGUCUCAGAAAAAAACAAAGACCGAGGGAAUAAUACAGUUGGUGCCCGGCUGAAUAGAGUUGAAGACAAGGUAGUCCAAAUGGACCAGAAGCUCAAUCUCAUCACAGAGCUGCUACAUCACCUGGUUUCCAGCCAGCAAGGAAACCAAACCAGUAACAAAUCAUCUCACAGGCAUGAUGUUAACUCUGAGCUCUUCCUCUCUAGGAACACUCUCCCUACCUAUGAACAACUGACAGUUCCAAGGAGCAUCCAAGAUGACGUUUCCUGAUGUGAUCCUUUUCAGUGACACUGAAUGUUGUGAAUCUUGAUGGGGGUUGGGGACAAAUUAAAGCUCAUAAUCAGCCAUAGAAGAAUUGAACAUGUCUAUCAAAGUAAUGUUACUAACCUCAGAUGCAUUCUUCCAAAGACAGUUAUUCAGACAACCACAAAACCUUAAAGCCUGCAGUGUGUUUUCCUUAAUGUGGUACAUUCGUACGUUUUGUUUGUAUUCCUUGUGUGAAUAAAUUAUCCUGCUGCAAUUUGUCACUACACUGAAAGACCAAACGGGUAAUACAGGCAAAAACUCAGCCAGUUUAUGUGCCUGGCUUGUCAGGCAUUGCUGCUGCUGUAUGCAAGGUUCUGAAGUCCUGCACAAACCCUAAUGAAAUAGUUUGAAAGUUCCACAACAGAUAUGCUUGGGGGGUUGCACCCUAUGGCUCUUCAAAAAUAAUGAUACUUGAAUUUAGAUGGUCAUCUGUGUAUUCUGUUUAUGACUCUGAUGAUAGCAAUAUAGCUUUCCUAGUUAGAUUCUAAAGGAAAAUAAAAUAUGUGGGUUGUAUUACAUAAAUAUACCACUGCCAUUCUAGAAAAUGGCAAAAGCAUGCAUUGAGUGAUUUUGUUCUCAUUUUCAUUUUUAGCCUGUUACAUAAAAAUGACUAUAAGGUUUUUUUUUAACAACAAAAAACCCUUUUUCUUCAGGGAAGAACUAGUAGUUUAAGCCUAAAACAGUAAUGUAUGUAAAGGAAAACAAUAUUAUUUUAUUAUUAGUUUUUGUUAACAUAUGGUGAUUUCAUGAGGACACUGAAAUAUAGUAUAGGAAAAAUUGUUUGUUUUUUAAAUCAUACUGCUGCCAAAGAAUUUGUAUGUUGUAUUUAUCACAACCAUCCGUGUGUUUGUCUUCAAAGAGCUUUCAAAAUUCAUUGUUUUUUAUAUUUAUGUAGGUCUAGUUUAUUUCUCAAUGUUACUGUAAAUAAGCACAGGUCUAGACAAGCUGAAUCUUCUUGGUCAAGGGCUUCAAACUGCAAGUUAGGAAAAUAGAGUAGUUUCAGAUGUUCUGGAAAAGCACUGCUAGUCAAGUACAAAGUCCCUUCCAUAUUGGUUGGCACACUUCUCCAUAAUGUCCAAAGGUGAUCAUGUGCGUGCCCUUUGUGCAAACAUGCACAUGCUCUUCAGCCUGUUGGAUGUUGUGAAGAGGCACUGCUAAAUGAAUGUGGAAGUGCCUGGCAGUGCUUCUCUAUAAUGUGCAAAGCUGCUUUAUGCAUCAGGAAAUUGGGAUCAGGAGCAACUCGUGCUUCUGCAAACCCUCCUCUGUUAACAAAAAAAUCAGCAAUUAACAAAAUAACCUGCAUGCAGGAUUACAACAAACAAGGGCUACCCAUAGCCCACAGCAGUGCAGAUUCUGGAAUUUGACUUCCUGAGAAUCUCACUUUGUAUUUAUUUUUUAAAGCAAGUUUCUGGUUGCCCUGAGAAAUGAGAUUGAAAACAUGAUCUGCACAUGCAACAGAUUAGUAUCGAUAUCACAGGUCGGUUGUCCAGGUUGUCUCACUUCCUGUCAAACAUAAUGCUUUUCAGUGGAGCUGGUUCACAUAUUCAGCAAUGAGUCAUCAGGUGCUGAGCAAUCAAGACAUGUAUGUGCAAAGCUCAACCAGCCCUCAAAAAGAGCUAGAGAAAGAAAGUGAUGCAGUUUGAAGAUGGCCCCCAAAAUGUGUGAAUUGACAGUGAACUCUACAAAUGCCUAUUUUUUUUCAAUAUAAUAAUCCACAGAUUAAGAACAGCUAAUCCUUCUUAAUGGGCAUAAUUGUAGAUUUGGGCCUUUUGUGCCAAGGAAUUAAAUUUUCCCUGGCAGAAUUUUAAUUUUAUUUCUGUGGCCCUAAGUAUAGCACUUAAAUAUAUAGGACAAUGUCAGGGUGAACAGGAACUUGAUCCAGCCAAGUGAGCUACAACUGAGAGAACAAGUAUUCUGAGAUACCCUUGACAAUCCAGAUGGAAAAUGGAAACAGGCCCUGCUACUCAUUCCACAUAGUCCUUCCUGUGGAAAAGCUGUGACUAGCCUCUUGCUCUCCAGCACCGGCUACAAUUGUGCUAUAUUUUCAUGAACAUAGCAUGGAUGCCCACAACUCAAGCAGAAGAUUGGGUACAUCAACCAGGAAACCAUAAUGUUAGAAAACCAAGAGUAUGAGGGAAAGGGAUGGAAAGUUACAUGUCUUGGUGCAUUGACAGUUUCUUAGUCUUCUGUUGAUGACUUGCUGGACCACUACUAGAUUAAGUGAAUGACCAACGCAUAUUUGCUCAGAGGUCCACUUUUGUACAGAGACAUGAGGGUACUAACUUCCUGACUUUGGCAACCAGGAGAUAGGCAUUUCAACCUAAAUUGAGGUACAGUCUGUUCACAUGCCAGUGGUCUCAACAUCAAGCAGCGCAAAGGCAGUGGCAUAACACCUGUCCUCACUACACAGCAUUAUUUCCACAGUGCUGUAAAGAAAUAAAUGAACACUUUGUUCUCUGAGAGCAGCUUUGUAUAUCCUAUUUUAACAGAUACACAUCGCUGCUCUAGUGCAUAGACUUUUAAAAGAUUUAUUGCUACUUCAAAUGCACAGUUCUAGCUCACAAAUCCAGCCUUGCUGUAGUCUGCCAGUUAGAAAGUAAUAUGUGGUAGCCCUAAGGAGAAAUAUCCCAGGAAAAUUCCACAUCCAGUGGAGAACCAGCUGACCUGAACAACAUAUGAGUACCUUAUACAGGUUAUAGCAGCAAAGCUCCAGCAUUAAAUACUGAUAUCUGAGUCCUGCAAAUGCUGAACUCUUAACAGAACAGAUAUGAUAUAAAAUCCCAACUUGUAUCCCAUUGCCCACUUUCCAUUAAAGGGCUUUAGCUUCAACCUGGAAAACUAGGCCUUCCUGUGGAUUCAACUUGAUGCUACUGAAAUGGCACUCUCCCUGUUUCUUCUUCCUGGAUCUACAAUAAUUCUAUAAGAAAGAGAUAAUUCUAUACCUUCUAUCUAUGCCUACAAUAUUUCUAUUGGCAUUCUAAACUGACUGCACAGUAUAGACUAUUUCUAACAAGAAUGCACUGCUAGAAUCCUAACUGGAAAACUUUGGUGGGAGUCCAUGGGAUUCAUAAGAAAUUGUGUGGGCAGGCAGACCUUUUUGCACGUAAGUUUUUUCUUUUUUUUCCUAUGUGGUAAUUUGUAGGAAGCAAGUAAAUCUAACACACUCAACAGUUCUGUUUCAAAACAAACAGUCAUGUCCUAAAAUCAGAAAAAUGGGUGCUUAAAAAUCAUGAUUUCUUUUAAAAAAUCCAUUUUAGAGUCUAUUGGUACGGUGGUAGUGGUGGUAAUGAUAUUAUGGAUGCUUUUAUAUAUGACUUUUUGCUUUUUUGUUCUUCAGUUCUAUUUUCCUUAUUUUAAUUAGGGUAGUUUUGUAUUUUAAAACAAAGAUUCAUGUCCCACCACUGCAAAGACUAUAUCCCAAGCCCGUGUUUCUUUCAAAUAUUUGUAAAAGAACAAAAUUAUGAAAUAAAGUUUGUCAAAGUAAGUAGGUGAAUUAGAUCUUUGACUGUUCACUUUCAUAUAUUUUAACAGAAUUGAACACUAGAAAUUCUGCUGUAAGAACAGGGCGGGAUAGCAGCAUAAAACUGUCACCAUUAGGCAGAGUAAGACAAGCACGUCAGGCAGCAGCUGUGGGGGGACAGGGACAGCAGCCCCUGGCUUUUCCUGCUGUGCCUUCUGGUGCCAUGCUUCAGCUGGAGGAUGCCACACAGCCUACCCUGCACCCCUAAAAUGCCUUGCUGCCCUCAAGUGUGGUGCAGGAUACUGUCCUUCCCAAAGGCAUCUGGUUGGCCACUAAGUACUCAAUACAUAAUAGUUUGAUUAUGUAUACUGUGUACAUAGUCUGGCUGGCCACUGUGAGAACAGGAUGCAGCCCUGCAGCCAGCUUUCCUUGUUAGGUGGGGCAGCCACAUUUCUAGGUGGGGCAUUGGAGGGAUGCAUAGUGUUAGCCAAUCUUCCCCCCUCCGCCUCACUGGUGGAGAGGAUGCGAGGGCUAGGCCAGGGGAAGGGAAAGGCAGUGAGCUUCCCCCUCACUCCUUCUCCAUGCAGAGAUUGUGUUAACUUACAUGAAUUAAGUUUAAUCUGUUGAAUUGUCUCAUCCUUUUUUUAAAGAUCCCCAGGAAUACCACUCAAAAGCUUGAGUUUGCCUAUAGCUACAGCCUGUCAUUUGUCCCUGUGUUCUGAUUCUUCAUGAACUGAACUACUUUGGUAAUGACAGUAAGCUCCUGAGCUUGGCUUCAGUGCUGGAUUAGAUAUCUCACUUUUAGAUUCCACCUGAAAAACAAAACUUGCCCAUACUACAAGUUUAGGGAAGGGCAGAGAAGAAAUAAAUACUUUAGUGUGUGUUUGUUAACUCCUCCUUGAGGGUCCCUCCUUCUAGUCUUGUUCCUGACCUUUAGAUAUUCCUUCCUAUUGGACAAUCAAUGGAUAUAUCAACUUUUUAACUGGUUGCUUUUUAAAGAACUAACUAAGCAAUUGGAAGCGUAAAUAUGGAAAGCAAUUGGAAUUGUUUUUACUGGUUGUUGGGUUGUUGUUUUUCUGCCCAGAAACCCCCAAAAGGCCUCAUGCUGAGCUACACACAUUGGGAAAAUCAGAAAUUAGGCCAGCACUUCAGCCAAGAUGGCCAGCCAGCUAACUGUAGUGUGCACGCAGUGUUUCUGUUCCUCUAGGGUGCUUUUCAUCCUUUAUCAUCGAGUACCCCCCCAAAAAGAAGAAGAAAUAGCCACUAUGAUUGCAAGUAUAGUGAGUGCUUCAAAAGAGUAAAGGAUAACUUAGUACAGAUAUUUUUCCAGAUCACUUUAAAUUGAUCCCACCUUUUAGCUAUAAGCACCCAAUCCCCCUCUACUCAUAACAACUGUAGAAUAAACAAACUCUUACUUCUUACUGCAGGCAAACAAGCAUGCUUCUCUAUUGCUGGCUGGGAAGAGAACACAACUGAAACAGAAAAGCAGAGCAAAGGAAAGUCCAAGGGGUGGAGUCUAACUCUAGUCCAUAAUAUAAAUUCUAAUAUUAACUCUUCAAGGCUCAUGUUACUAUAAAGGCUGUUUUUUUUCUUGAUCACUUAAGUAAUUAUAGGGCGAUUGUGAUAGUAAAAAAUCCACUCAGGGAAGUCUUGAGUGGACAGAGUUUUGGGGGGCUCUUCCAGAUGAGGCUUUUGUUGUGCACUUGCCCUGCCUUAUUCACUGAAUUUUUCAGAGAAUCCUAUUCUUAAAUUGCUCCUGUUCUUAAAACAUGCUGCCCUUGAAACAGAGGCUGUUCCUGUCUCUCAUGUCACAAAUUAAAAUGACAAUUCUUCCCCCCAAAAUGGAGGGGCAUAGCUGGGGGGGGUGCACCCACUUGCCCCACCCUGGCUACAGGGCUGAGAGGAUGCUGGACUAGAUGGGCCAUUGAUAUGAUCCAACAGGCUCUUCUUAUGUACUCAAGUUCUUAUGUGCUAUUCCCAGUGUUGAAGUGAGAGUCAACCUCUAUUCUAGUUGAGUUCUGUAUGUAAGAAGGGAGGAUCGCACCAUCUUGUCCUUCACCUCAGCAAAAAAAAAAAUGUCUAUGGGCAAUCCUGCUGUUGAACCAAAACUGUAGCAGGCCGAACUAUUGGUAUUAUGGUGUAUAAUCAUGUGAAUUCACGAAAACAAAACCAAGAAAAUCCAAACUGAGUCUUCAGCCUCCACAUUAAUGAUAUGGGACACAAUCCAUCAAGAAGUUAUACUACGUGCAUACCCCCUUGAAAUGAAUAAGAACUAUGCAACAUAACAAAGAACGCCUGCUAAUUCUAGCCAAAGGUCUAUCUAAUCCAGCAUUCUGUUAUGACUAAUAGCCAUUAAUAGACCAUUAUUUUGUCUAAUUCCCUUUUAAAGCUAUGCAAGCCAGUAGCCAUCCCCACAGCUUACGGCACAAAAAACCUUACAUAUCCACAGAGACAUGAACUCACAACUGUGGGUUCCAAAGCCAGCCACAAAGCUACAGGCCAUAUCAAGAAGUCAUCCAUCCCAUUACUGUGCUCUUGUGCAGGUCUGGUUCAUCUCGGUGGGGCUUGUGCAGGAGAAUUUCCUGGCGGAUUGUGCCCCAUGCCAUGCACCAAAUCUAUCUGUUUCAUGUGCUCCCAUCCUUAACUACCAAAAUCCACUGCCUAAGGCAGCCCACAAACUGUCUGCUUUAAAGCUUGAACUUUCUAGACAUUGUUUUGUACAUUUCAUUUUGUUCCUGUGGAUAACAAAGCAUAUUCUUCUAUAUCUCAUUAAAUGGAAUGUAGAAUAUAUUUUAAAUUACUCACUCUUCCUGUUGUGCAGUAGAUGCAUUUUAAAGGGUGUAGAAACCUUUUAGAAAAUAUUAGUGGGAAUUAUUAUGG